UUCCGAGAUAACCCAAACCAAAAAAACCUAAGCCACAUGGUUUUUUUCCACGAAAUGAGAACAAGGCACAUACCAAUAAUGAAAUGAUAUGUCUUUCGAUUGAAGCUAUAAAACUUGACCAUCUCCCAUUUCCCAAACUCAUCCCAACCAAAAUCUUCUAAAUUCCUUGUUUUAAUUUCUCAUUCUCAAAAAAAAUUCUCCCAUAUCCCUCUUAAAACCCACAACAUGAUCAGCACAAAGAAGCUUAUAAAGAUGGCAAGAAAGUGGCAAAAGAAGGCAGCUGCCAGCAGGAAGAGGGUCUCCUGGCCAAAAUCAGUGGCUAAUGAGGGCCACUUUGUUGUCUACACAACUGAUGGAAAACGAUUCAUCAUUCCUUUGGCAUAUCUAAAGAGCCAGAUUUUCAUAGAGCUCUUAAAGAUAGCCGAGGAAGAGUAUGGAGUUCCAAGUUCGGGGCCAAUUAUGCUACCUUGUGAUUCAAACUUCAUGGAUUAUGCGAUCUCUAUGAUCCAAAGAAGUGUAACUGAGGACAUGGAGAAGGCAUUAGUCAUGUCCUUAGCUAGCUGCAGAUACUCAUCAUUAUCACAUGAUGAACAUCGAGAACGAGCUAAUCCACAAUUGUUUAUUUGUAGUUUCUAGGAAAAUAGAUAAUUCUGUUACACCCUCUGUACAAAAUAUAUACAUCAAUUGCCAAGAAUGUUAAUGACAUUGAUAAAAGAAAUUGUCAACGAAAUAGUUUUGACAUUGUACAAAUUUA